AUGGGUUUCGAAGACAAGCGCGUCGCCAUCAUCGGCGGUGGGCUGGGAGGAAUGUCCUUCCUCAAUGCCGCACUAUACACCGGUCUGAAGAAUGUGCAACUAUACGAACAAGCAGCGCAAUUCGGCGAAGUCGGCGCCGGCGUGAACAUCACCUCGAAUGCCAACCGCAUUCUGGACGCAUUCGGCUUGCAAGAGAGCAUGAUGCGCAAAUCAUCGCGUAAACUGCCUUGCUAUAUGGAAUACCACAAUUACAAGACCGGGGAUUACGUCGGCCAUAUUGGUGAAUUCUCGCAGCCACACGCGCGCUUGCUGCAUCGCGCCCACCUUCUGGACUCGCUGAAGGAGCGCGUGCCAGAAUCAAGCCUCAACCUAGGGAAACAUCUGGUAUCAAUCGACCGCAGUACUGCUGUCGGUGCUGCGCCGUAUACUCUUCAUUUCCAGGAUGGGAGCACCGCCGAAGCGGAUAUCGUGAUUGGCUGUGAUGGGAUCAAGUCCAAUGUCCGCCGCGAUAUGGGGUUGGGAGAUGAUCCGAUCUACUCUGGUCAAGUGGUCUACCGUGGAUUCGUCGAUUACAAAGAUUUGCCCACUGAGACGGCUCAACUGCUACGCAAGACGGUCAACUUCCGUGGCCCCAGAUGCCAUGUCCUAAUUCUGCCUAUUGGGAACCAGGAGACGGGAACUGACCGUGCUGCUGUUAUCGGAUUCAUGUCCGAGCCGCUUGAGGCAUGGGACUCGGAGAGCUGGAUGUCCCGAUCCGAUAUUGAUAGUUUGCAGGAGCAUGUCCGUGACUGGUGCCCGGAGGUACAGCAUAUCAUUGCUGGUUUGCGGAAGAGCGCUGGGGAUGGCAAGAUGCUCAAGCAGGCGCUGUAUGUCCGUGAUCCAAUCGACAAGUGGUAUGAGAUGAAGGUUGGGCAGAAGGACGCUGGCAUUAUUUUGCUUGGUGACUCGGCGCAUUCAACUCUUCCUCACCAAGGACAAGGAACAUGCAUGGCUAUUGAAUCUGGCCUUGCUCUUGCAACAAUUCUCCGCCAUUGGAAGACAGAUGACCUGGAGGCUGCGUUCAAAUUCUACCAGGACCUUCGCAAGCCUCGGACGGACAGGGUUACGCAGACCAGCUACGAAGCUGGCAAGCUGGCUAGCUCGGACUCGCCUGACCAGAUGUCCAAUAAAUUCAACCCAGAAGCAUUGAUGGAGCGCAUGAGGUGGAUCAUGGAGUAUGAUGUUCUGGAAGACCUGCGGAUCAAGGGUCAGGGCUAUUUAGAUUGGGACGGUUUACGUCUGUGA